CAAACCUUUACAUGGUAUCAAGAGCCAUACUCCAACGAGCCUAAAUUAAAACUUCUGUCAUUUUUUUUCUGUAUCCAUGGCUAUCACCGCCGACACCCCAAUCAUCUCCAUCACUGCCGCAUCUCAUUUUCCAAUCAAACUCACUAGCUCCAAUUUUCCGGUAUGGAAAUGCCAAGUUCAUGCGACCCUUAUCGGUCUUGGCCUUGAUGGCUACUGUGAUGGUACCCUUCCGGUUCCUGCUCCGUUCACCGAUACUGCCAAAACAUGUGUUAAUCCCUGCUACCAGAUUUGGUACCGCCAAGACAAGAUGAUUCUUAGUGCCUUGAUCGGAAGCUGCUCCGACACCAUUCAGCCUCUCAUUUCUUCGGUCGCAACGGCAAAACAGGCCUGGGAUAAACUAGCUCUUACCUACGCUAGCACGUCUCGUGGUCGCAUUAUUUCUCUUAAAACCACACUUGCUCGGACCACCAAAGGCAACCGAUCCAUUGUGGACUACCUCACCGAGAUGCAGGCCAUUUCGGAUGCAUUGGCUCUCGCCCAAUGCCCCUUAGCUGAAGAAGAUCUCGUCAUCAGUAUUUUAAAUGGUCUUGGACCUGAUUACAGUGAGUUGACCUCUGCCAUUCGUGUUCGUCCCACUGCACUUCCUUUGGCAGAGCUUCAAUCUAUACUCCUUGAGCAUGAGCAGCGGCUUCUUGACACAUCUGCCUCUAAUGCUUCUCUCAUACCUACUGCGCAUGUCACUCAAAUUCAUGAACGUGCACAUGCUGCAGAUAGGCGUUCUAUGCAUGAGAAACGUGGUCAACCUCCCAGACAUGGAAGAAGUGAUCCACGCUUUUCUCAAACUCAGCUUGUGUGUCGUUUUUGUCAGAAUUCUGGUCAUCAUGUUCAACAGUGCAGGAAGCUUCAGCGGUUUUUGCGUGACAACAAAAUAACGCUUCACUCCAGCAGUCCGGCCAUCAAUCAUACAGCGGCUACAUCCUCCUUCAACUCACCAUCUUGGAUGUUUGAUAGUGGUGCAUCGCAUCAUGUGACUAAUGAUGCUGCUCUUCUGCCUUCCUUUGUUGAAUAUGGCGGACCCGAUGAAGUUCGCCUUGGUGACGGAUCGGGUCACGGGGGCACCACUUCUACGCGGGGCGAAUCAUCAUGAUGUUUACUAUGCACCAGUUCAUUCCGUUCCUCGAGUCAAUAAUCUCCACCGUGACAUCCAACCGCGGUGGCAUCACACUUUGGGUCAUCCAUCCAGCCGUAUUUUUAGUCUCCUUAUGCGUCAAAAUAAAAAUCUCAUUCAGUGUAAUUCGUCUA